UCGGAAGCGGAGGCAGAAAACACACAUACGCGCCGGCGCUCCGCCGUAUCGCUCAAACUUGGUCUGUGGGGAGAUCCGCAGCGGCGCCGCGGCGACGCAGGCCGACAUGGACGAGUAUUUACGGAGGGUCCAGAGCAGCCUCGGGGCAGACGUGCCGUCGGAGGAGGCCGUCCACGCCGUGCUAGGAGGACCAGAGCCAGAUGUUGACGCCGUGGCUGCGACGCUGUGCUUGGCCCUGCACCUCAGCCAAAAGGACGGCUCAGGCGGACUGUGUCUGCCGCUCUUGUGUGGCCGGCCGCGUGACGCCGUCCUGCCUGUGGAGACAGCGAAGUACCUUCAGAGGGUGAAAAUCAGCGAGCGCCUGCUGCUGUGGAAGGAGGACGUGGACACAGCGAAGCUUCACCGCGCGGGGCGGCUCUCCCUCACGCUGCUGAGAGACGGGCUGCUAGACAGCUCUGAGUAUCACACGCUGGAGUCCAGCGUCCUGCGAGUGGUCCAUCGCAACGGGCAGCAGGACGCAGAAGAUGAUGGGACAUCAUCCGCCGUGGCAACAGUCGCCAGGGAGAUUCUUCAAGACGCAGCAGAGCACAUCAGAGCAUCGCUGGGGGAGACUCUCGGAGAGGCCCUGCGGCUGCAGAGCGACGCCCUCCGGGCCAAACGCGGCCGCCGCCCGGAGCAGCUGGAGGCGCUCAGGAGGUCCGUGGAGCAGUGGAGCCACGGGGGUCGGGACCCGGCCGGGCUUCAGUACCUGGAGCAGCUGCUCACUGCGGCGCUGAAGGAGUUCUCCGACGGGGAGAUGACCGUCGCGCUGUGUUCAGUCGCCACCGAUAAGGACGAUCUACACGACUACGUGGAUGGUCUAAAGUACUUCAGUCAUCAGCACGAGUAUGACGCUCUGGUCGUCCUGUUGUCCGUCAGUGACACAGUGCACCAGCCUCGCCAGCAGGUGGUCGUCUACUCAAGCAACAUCGACGUCCUGAACCAGAUUUGCUGUGAGCUGGAAGAGUCUUCUAGCUGGUCUCUCUCUGGUGAACUGGAGGCCAGGGGGAGUCUCCAGGUGUACCACAUCCCUAUGAACACCUCCUCGUCCUCCGGCACGCCUCCCCUGCUGGAGGAGGAGAUCCAGGGCAUCCUCAAGGACUUUGUGGACCGGCGGAGCUCUGUGUUAGCCUGCAAUCCCAGCAGCAGGACCUCGUCCACGGAGGGAGUGGCCGGCAGCGUGGAGUUCUCCCAGGGGUCGUCUGGGAUCAACGACAUGGAUGGUUCUGAUAUAGAGAGAGCUGAAGGAGGCAGUGGAGAAGCAGUCGCUAUAGCAAGGGUGAUGGCCGACGCCGACGAGGAUGCAGGAGGUGUGGGGGUCAGUGUUGGUGGGGAACUGGUGAGCCCUGACAGCGGUAUGACCACCAUCCGCAGCAGCCGCUCCUCCAAGGAGAGCUCGGUGUUCCUCAGCGACGACAGUCCCGUGGGUGACACGGCUGGAGGCCAAGCAGGAGGCCCAGGAGCACACUUCCUGAGGAACCCGUCCCCACUGGGCUUGUUGUCCGUCUCCCCUCCUGUCCCGCCAGAGAGGAAGAAGCACCGCUCAAACAGAAACAGGAGUGAGAUCGUUGACCUGUUUAGUUUUGACCCAUUACAUAGCGGUGAUGUCCCCAUGCCAGCGGGAGGGGAACUGGCAAACUUGGGGGUUAGAGGGGAUGAAGACGACAGAAGAGGUGGAAGCUCUAGCCUUUCGGAGGAGUUGAGCUUGCUAGACUUCUCCGCCCCCAAUUCACUUGGAGAGCUUGAAAGUAGAAAUUCUUCCAUGGAUCACCACGGUCAGAUCCACGGGACUGAAAUGACUGACACGGUGGUUCCUCCGACCCCAGUCAACAGUCUGGUAGGUAGCCGCCCACCCAGCAGUUGUGGAGUGAGGUUCUUCCCAGAAGAUGUGAUCGAAAGGAUCAACGGCCUGCAGCACAAAGACAGCGUGUCAUCGUCCUUAUCAGAAACGUGGGAUGAACUUAGCUUCGACGCACAAGGAGUAUUGUCCUCAAACGACAACAUGAGCUGGAGCAGAACCAAGCUGUCUGAGAGCCCGCAGAAUGUUUUGGAGGAAGCUGGAUGCAAAGAGUCAUUGGGCGACAUGGCAGAAAAGGAAAGCAGAGACAGCGUCCACCAAAGGCCAAAGAGCCUUGAACCUCAGCUCAGCCUGAUCACUGAGCAGGUGGAGUCAUAUGACAAGUGGAACCCAGUUUCUGUCCGGACGGAUCAGUGGCACCACGCUACCUUGGCUGAUCUGCAACUCACACCACCAGAGGAGGAAGCAGCCAGAAAAUUUAAACCUGGAUUUGUCAGAGUGAAAGAAAAUCCAUCUUCCUUGUGGAGGAAGAAAGCAAUUCUAAACACCUUAACCCCAGAAACGUCUAGAGAAGAGGAUGAAGGAAAAAAACAGAUAGAGAUCCUUGACUUCUGGACAUACUCGGCUCAGAAGGGCUUUCUCAAAUCCGACAGUGGAACCACCACCUCUUACCCAGAAUCUUUGGAUAUGUGGAACACGACGAUCCGGGAUGACAGUCCUUCCCCUCUUACAACCCCCGAUAACUUGUCCGAUUACUCCGGUUCUUUCUGUGGAGGAAACGCCAACGUUGCUGGUGCCUCAUCUAUGGAAAGUCCUCUAGGAUUCUGCGACGGUGGCAUGCAGAUGUGGAACACCACCAUAAGGGAAGACAGCUCCUCCACCAUAGCAAGUCCCGAAGGACCUGAAAACGGAAGGAACCUCAGUCACAUGGGAUCAAUUGAGACCUGCGAUUCUUCCAAGACAUAUACAAACAAAGUGGGUGAACAUGAACGUGCUCUGGUAGAAGAUGGUAGCAGCAUGAAAGGGCCUAGUGAGACGGCUGAAAACGUGGGCUGGAGAGCUACCGAACACAAUGUGAAGAUAGUCAUCGAGGUGGCAGGAGACAGGACUCAGGGAGAAGAAGAAGGUGAGGUUCAGAGCCCACACUUCAUACCGGUGAGAGAUUCAGACGGCGACGCCUCCCCUGACCACCUCACCAACAUGUGGGACCUGCCGGUCCCUGCCAUGGUCACCUCCACCUCAGAAUAUGACAAUGUCGGAGCUGGCACCUGGAGCCUGACUUCCUCCCCUGACACCUUUGCUAGUCCAGUGGUAGAUAUGAUACAGCUAGAGGGUCAGUCUAGUCCUUUCAUAGCAGUGACUAAACCUCCCACGACACAUGAGAUGCACGAUCAAUACCAGAAGACGGAUAUUCUGGCAGGAACUGCCUGCAGAUCAAUGAGCGCGGACAAAGAGCAACAGGCCAACCAAGUGUUCAUGUUCGAGGGAGCGAGUGGGGACAGGAGGUAUGAAAGCAACAGCAGGGGGGGAUCAGAGGGAGCUGACUGGUUAGAGGAGCCCAGUGACCGCUCCCCGUUUAUUCUUAUAGACUGUGCCUCUGCCUCUCAGCAAAUCCCAGCUAAGUAUCAAUCAAGUCCAGGAGAAGCUACCACUGACGAGUCGCUAGCCCAGACUCGUAUGAGCACGAAUGAUCUUGUUUCAGAGAAACCCGAGUCCCCAGAAUCAGCUUCAGUAUCACACGAGUUGUCGGUUUUACUGGACAACAGUGAAGGGGGGUCGGCUGUUGAGCGCCGUGGCCGCCCUAACAAAGAGGGCAAUGGAACUCUGGAGGUCCGUACAACAGAAACCAUGUCUCUGAGCUCCAGCUCUGGGGGGGAGAGAGACACCUUAAAGUACAGCCCAGACAGCCUUCACCCAGGGAGCAGGGAUGAACUCAAGUCCAACUCUGAUGGAGACUCGUCCUCAGGCCUGGAGAUGGAAUACAUCAUCGUGUCGGGCACCGUGAAAGAAACCGAAAGGGAGUGGCACGACAGGCCCAGACAGGGCGACAGGCAAAGGGCGAGGAAGCCCAUGGAGACGUUCAGCAUGCUCUCCUAUGCCGCCACAGUCCUGCAAAAGGCCGCGCAUCGGCAGCACCAGGGCGGCGCAGAACAGGCCGGGAACCACCAAAGAGUGGGUGGCAGUGACGGCUCUCUUAGUCCAGAGACAGAGCAGAACCAAGUGGGUCUCGAUGACACGCCUGAGCCGCGCAUGGCGUCAGACACGAGCAGUCCCAGCCGGCCCGAAGCACUUCAACAAUCAGACUCAGCAACAGGUCCCAGUCAGACGCAAGGAGAAGAAGAGAACUGUGAGGAUACAACAAGCGUCCUGGCCAGAAGCGUGUCUCCAUCUUUAAGAUAUCCAGUAGAUCACUUCUUGAAAACUAGGGAAGAAGUGUAUGUCCAUUCUCAGAUCUCGAUGGAGGAUUCAGACGAGGGUGGGGACUCACCCUCCCAACCUCCUCCAUGUCCUACUUACUUGGGCGACUUUCAGAUGUGGGGGGGUGAGUUAUCGCAGCAGGACUUACCCCACACCGCCUCUGAGACGCAGUCCCCCGUGCUCACCAACAGUUCCGUCUCCCGCUCCACCUCUUCGGCCGGCACCCCGUUAAGCGAAUCGGGGGCUUCUGCUGGCAGAGGACUUGGCUUGCCUUUUUCUGGAGAUUUAAUGGAAGAGGGAAAUGAUGAGGAGGAACCGGAGGGGGAGCACGCCGCCGUCCAGAGUGAGAGACAGCCGGGACCUUCUGACCUGCCGAGUUUCACCGAGGAGGUGAUCGAGCAUUCUUCACUUCAACAAACAGAUUUCGAAGCGGUGGAGCCAAGAAGGGACACGAUCCUACAGGGAACAGUAGAUUACUGCUGUGGACGGCCUAUAAGCACUGUUGGCUGUGACAUGUGGUUGACUGAACAUGGAGACCCUCACCAGAGCUAUUCGCCAGAAUUAAGAAGAGGCCAAGAUGCGUCAGCGCCGCUGUCCUCCCAGCCCACCGGCGACAGUGCUGCACGCCAGUGGACAGGAAGUCAGAAUCUAACUCAGGGUCAAACCCAAUACGGCUACAACUACCACCACAUCGACCAAAGAACUGAGAACCAGGGCGCCGGCUCAGAGGGAGGGGGAACUAAAGCCAGAGGCCCGUCGAACGCCACCGACGUCUACGCUGAGUUUACAAGUGACGGCACAGCUGCGCAGUACAGGUCUGAGUCGGCAGGAAACUAUUACGAAGCUGGGUUUAAUGCAGAGUACAGCUCAGGUGAUCCAGGUUCCAAGUUUCAGGCAGCAGCCGAAAUCCAGUAUGGAGAGAACGGCUUACGUGCUGCUGAGCUGCAGUACUCUGCCGACGGCCAGUAUGACCAGCAGAUGUUCCACCAGUCAGAUGUCCAGCCUGAGAGGGAGGACCACGCUCGCUAUGUGCCCGAGGGAUACGUUCACUUUCUCCUGUCAAGACACUCCCAGCUGGGAGACGGUGCAGCGGGGAUGACGGCGGCCUCCAGCGAGGAAGCUGCAGAGGAGGCGGAUAAUAGAGAAGAUCCUCCUUCUUCAGCAGAUCUAUCGGGCGGGUCUAAUCAGAGGAGGAAGCUGGCCGCGCCGCCAAUGAACGUGUCUCUGGACCACAGCGAGGGGUCCCUUCUCUCAGAAGAUGCCUUGGACACGGAGGACGACGCCUUGGACACCGGCGACGAGCUGGACGUUAGCGUGGACGAGCUGGACUCCCCCGACGAGGCGGAGUCCGCGGAGUUCGACGGACGCGGGGGCGCCACGGGGCCCUACCCGGGCGCAGGGCCCGCGUCAGGGGCCGAGGCGGCGGGACGGGCAGCGGAGGGGGGCAGAGACAGCCGGCUGUGGAGGAGCGUGGUGAUUGGAGAGCAGGAGCAUCGCAUUGACAUGAAGUGCAUCGAGCCGUAUAAAAGAGUCAUCUCUCACGGAGGUUACUACGCUGAACAGAACGCCAUCAUCGUGUUUGCCGCGUGUUUCCUCCCGGACAGCGACUGUGACAAUUACAACUAUGUGAUGGAAAACCUGUUUUUGUAUGUGAUCAGCACCUUGGAGCUGAUGGUGGCAGAAGACUACAUGAUCGUGUACCUGAAUGGAGCCACACCUCACAGGAGGAUGCCGGGCUUCACCUGGAUGAAGAAGUGCUACCAGAUGAUAGACCGAAGACUAAAGAAGAACCUCAAGAUGUUCAUCAUCGUCCAUCCCUCCUGGUUCAUACGGACUUUGCUGGGAGUAACCAGACCGUUCAUAAGCUCCAAGUUCAGCAGUAAGAUCAAAUACGUGCACAGCCUGCGGGAGCUGGGGGAGGUCAUCCCCAUGGAGUACGUCCACAUUCCACCCAGCAUCGUCAAGUGUGACGAGGGACGGUGCAUACACAAAUUUGCAUGCAUGAGGCUGGACACAGACCUGCAGGACAGCAGCAAAGCCGACAAGAAGGGGAACUCAGCUGUUUGAAGGCGACGAGACGCCCGGCCGCCGCCCGCCCCCCCCCUCGCGUUGCGCUGUCCUUUACCACAGCAUGUCUGAAUAUAAGCAAGCCUGCAGCAUGACACGUACAGCCACCCUGCUGUUACAGCAACAACUGGCAGCGGGUUGGAGAAGACGAUGCUGUGGUGUCACCGGGGGAGGAGGAUGCUGAACACAGUUCUUCACACAGCUCCUCGUCGCUUCUCCCUCGUGUCCUCACCGUCAGCUUGGACACUGCUUUGGUUGUUAUUUCCCCCUUCGCUAGGAUGUAACUGGCUUUGGUCCAUUCACUAACCUGUACAUUCACGCGUUUAUGUGACCCGUCGAACAUCAACUGUACCUUCUGUGAUCGUGGUCAUAUGAAGUGUGGAUUUUCUGAAGCCAUAAAUAGGUCAUAUUCCAAUUGUUUGCAAAGAAGCUGUACAAAACAACACAUUAGUACAUAUAUUUGUGUUAUACUGUACAUUUGUGUUUACAACAGGGCUGGUACUGGACCACGGUUCUCUCAGUAGACUAUACUUAAAAUUAUAUUCUGUCAGUUUCCAUUUAGUCAAGGUUUACAAUCGCUAUACGACGAUGAGCCUGUUUAAGGGUAAGGUUUUUGACUAGUUUGUAAUGAUGUCGGCUGCUCAGCACCCCAUACAACCUACAAGUAAGGUAUUCUAUUAAUACUGCAUAUCACUGUGAACGUACUAGCGAUUGUAGCAAAACAGCAGGUAAUAAAAGCUGCAGUAACACGUCGCACGUCUCCACUUGCUACAGUUCCAGGUUAGUGUUGUGUUCCAGUGUAAAUCUGUAAUGGAAGGGUGUGUGUGUGUGUGUGUGUGUGUGUGUGUGUGUGUGUGUGUGUGUGUGUGUGAGACACAGUGACAAACGUGUCGUAUCUAGUACACAAUAAGUCCAGUUUGAUCAUGUUUUAUUAGCUUUUUGCUAUUUUUUAAUGCAUUUGUUUUGUCUUUUAAGGUAUGCAUUCCAUGUAAAGUAUCUGAAGUGUCUUAUCUUAUUAAAAUGUGUUCCUCCUUGA